AUGCAAUAUAUGUCCGCCGGUCUCAUGCAGCGCCACACCCACUUUGGUUAUUUUUCCUGUUAAAUAAAUAUAAUAAGGCCUCAUUUUAUAGAACUGCUUAAAGAUCUGGCAUUUUCUUGUAUUCUUAUGUACAAAGAAACUAUUCUCGUUCUAAAAUCCUCUUAUUGACAAAGACUAUAAAAGGCGCUGACUGGACCACGUGACCCUCUCUCUGCCUCCUACCGCCAUCAUGGAAGCCAGCCGCGUGCAGCCGAUCAAGCUUGCCCGGGUAACAAAAGUCUUGGGGCGCACAGGUUCUCAGGGUCAGUGUACCCAGGUCCGUGUUGAGUUCAUGGAUGACAGCAACCGUUCCAUCAUUCGUAAUGUUAAGGGACCAGUUAGAGAGGGGGAUGUCCUGACUCUGCUGGAAUCUGAGCGAGAAGCUAGAAGAUUACGUUAAUUAUCAGGUCCUUGACUUUCUUUACAUGAAAGAAACUGCAAUAUGUAUUGCUGCCAAAUAGUGGGCCAUCUGUGAAUCCAGACAAGACCUUGGAUUCCUGUUUGUAAAAUAAAUUUGUAAAGAACAUCUA